UGGCAGAGAGGGGUGGAGGACACUGAAUGGAGGCCAGUGGAGGGAUUGGCAGAGGGGGGUGGAGGACACUGAAUGGAGGCCAGUGGAGGGAUUGGCAGAGAGGGGUGGAGGACACUGAAUGGAGGCCAGUGGAGGGAUUGGCAGAGGGGGUGGAGGCCAGUGGAGGGAUUGGCAGAGAGGGGUGGAGGACACUGAGUGGAGGCCAGUGGAGGGAUUGGCAGAGAGGGGUGGAGGACACUGAGUGGAGGCCAGUGGAGGGAUUGGCAGAGAGGGGUGGAGGACACUGAGUGGAGGCCAGUGGAGGGAUUGGCAGAGAGGGGUGGCAGAUACAGAACGGUUAGUAAGGUGGAUGAGUUUGGCAGCAGCAUUCAUGAUAGACUGGAGGGGGGAUAGCCUGCGAUGAGGUAGGCCAAUGAGGAGGGAGUUACAAUAGUCAAGGCGAGAUAUAACAAGGGAGUGAAUAAGUUGCUUAGUGGUUCUGUGGUUAGGAACGGGCGUAUCUUGGAGAUGUUGCGGAGCUGAAGUCUGCAAGAUUUGGACAGUGAUUGGAUUUGGGGCUGAAAGGACAGAUGGGAAUCUAG